GCCUAGCAAGCCGAUCAAUAUUUGUCCUGCCCGGCCUGAUUCAUGAUGUGUGUUUUCUUGUAUUUACAGGAGACAACCAGAACCAAAGACACGACCUGGAGACUAACAUGUCUGUUCUGAAGACGUUGCUUCUCGGCGUUCACUCUCUUCCAAUCACGCCAAGCUUGUUACGAUAAUUUUCGAUCACAAUAAAAAGUCACAACCCCCAGACCAGAACCGUUUGGAUACCAUGACAGCCACUCAGCUCGUGCUGCUACUCUGGGUGCUGGCCUUGCUCUGGCCAGCCGCCGCCCUGCCCUUCCUGCCGGGGAAUAUAGGCCAAGCGUUGGGAUUGUCGGACGGCGAGGGAGCUGGCAGGAUUCUUCACCGCUCCAAGCGGGGCUGGAUGUGGAACCAGUUCUUUCUGAUGGAGGAGUACACCGGCACCGACCAUCAGUACGUCGGAAAGCUGCACUCCAACAUGGACAAGGACGACGGCAACGUCAAGUACGUGCUGACGGGCGAGGGCGCGGGCAACCUGUUUAUCAUCGACGAGAAGUCGGGCGACAUCCACGCCACUAAGAGGCUGGACCGCGAGGAGAAGGCCAUGUACACGCUGCACGCCAAGGUCAUCGACCGCCGCACCAACCGCGAGAUGGAGGCCGACACCGAGUUCAACAUCAAGAUCCACGACAUCAACGACAACGAGCCCAAGUUCGACAAGGAGAUCUUCUUUGCCAGCGUGCCCGAGAUGUCCGAAGUCGGUACAUCCGUUGCCACGGUGACAGCCAACGACGCCGACGACCAGACUUAUGGGAACAGCGCCAGGUUGGUGUACAGCAUCCUGCAAGGGCAGCCGUACUUUUCCGUGGACUCAGAGAACGGCACCAUCAAGACUGCGCUGCCCGGAAUGGACCGGGAGGUAAAGGAGAACUACCAGGUGGUGAUCCAGGCCAAGGACAUGGGGGGCCAGAUGGGGGGUCUCUCGGGGACCACCACGGUCAGCAUCACCCUCUCCGACGUCAACGAUAGCCCGCCGCGCUUCGCUAACCAUUCGUUCCGGGUCACCGCGGUCGAGUCCACGGAGGUGGGCGGGGCCAUCGGACGCAUCAAAGCUGAUGACCCGGACAUCGGACGCAACGCGGAGAUGGACUACAGCAUCGUGGGGGGCCACGACAUGUUCAACAUCAUCACCGACCAGACCACUCAGGAGGGGGUGCUGGUGGUGAGGAAGGGUCUGGACUACGAGGAGAAGCGGGACUACGAGUUCCGGGUGGAGGUCCGCAACACCUAUCUGGACGCCCGCUUCGUCCACGGGCUGCAGUUCAAGGACUUCGCCACGGUCCGCGUGACGGUGGAGGACGUGGACGAGCCGCCCGUCUUCACCCGUAACCCCUACGUCAUCGAGGUCCACGAGGACACAGCGGCGGGCAGCUUUGUGGGCGUGGUGUCGGCUCGGGACCCCGACGCCGAGAGCAAGCCCGUCAAAUACUCCAUCGACCGCCACACGGACCUAGAGAGGCUGUUCAACAUCGACUCUGUGAACGGCAGCAUCACGACCCUGAAGGCCCUGGACCGAGAGAUGUCCCGCUGGCACAACAUCUCCGUGGUCGCCACGGAAAUAAACAACCCUCGCCAGACAACACGCGUCCCCGUGUUCAUCAAGGUGCUGGACGUCAACGACAACGCCCCCGAGUUCGCCAUGUCCUACGACACCUUCGUCUGCGAGAACGUCAAAGCAGGACAGCUGAUCCAGACGAUCAGUGCUGUGGACACAGAUGAACCUCUUGUCGGCCACAAAUUCGUCUUCAGCAUAGCCCCAGCCAACCCAAACUUCACCAUAGUGGACAGAGAAGACAACACGGCCAACAUCCUGACGCGGAGGGGCGGGUUCCGGCGCCGCGAGAUGAGCAUGUACUUCCUGCCCGUCGUGAUCUCGGACAACGACUACCCCAUCCAGAGCAGCACCAGCACGCUGAUUGUGCGCGUGUGCGCGUGCGACAGCCGCGGCAACAUGCAGACGUGCAACCCCGAGGUGCUGCCCUUCUCCGACGGCCUCACCACCGGCGCCCUGGUGGCCAUCCUGCUCUGCGUCGUCAUCCUCCUCAGUGAGUAGCGGCCUGUGCGUGCG